GGAGGUGAGAGAGGAACAACACAACUCACUGCUGCGCAACUCUUUCACCUGCUGCAACAUCACGGGACAGCCCAAAGCUGCUGCUCUUUCAUUUUUGCACGAGAACAUUUGUAUCUUUUUUUUCUACGCAUUUUACGUUUAAGUGAUGCUGCUGAGGGAAUGCAUUGCAUCUCUGUGGUUUAGUUGAUGUGUGUGGGCAGAGGAGACGAUCUUCCGAUCUGGGACUGAACUGAGCGGAACUGAAUCCAUUAAAGCCGAUCACACAGAGAGGAUGGACAUACAUGGGAGAAUAACACUACAGUGCUUCGUUGACUUGAUUUAAUUAUUUUACAAAAGAAAAGAAAAAAACAACUGCAUAGAUAUAUUAAAUUAGAGUAAUUAACCGUAUGAAUAAAUUAAAACGCGUCAUUUUAAGUUGAAGAAAUUGUAAAUAAUGGGAAACUAACGCCGUCCGACUACUUUGAUAACAUUUUAUAAGCACCAACAGGAGUUUUUCUUUUAUAGACGAUUACAACGUUGGAUUUCCACAAUGGCAAUAAACACAGAUACGGAGUUUGCCAAAUCAAAUCUGGGGGAGAGCGGCGGCACGCAGCCAGCCGAGACGGAGAAACUGCUCGUGACCACCGAGCCCACCGGGGUGAAGACCUCCAGCUCCUUCACCGUCAGUGUCGGGGGUGACAAGACUCUCGACGGGGACCAGAAUGGCCACAGUCUGCCGCUGAGGUCCGGUUCGGCGGGGCAUCUCGGCGCGGCUCCUCUCUCCCCGUCCAGAGUGAGCCUCAGCCGCACUUCAUCCACCGGUAAUGCCGUCCAAGAGCAGCAGAAACCCAAAGACUACCUCAUACUGGUCAUUUUUUCCUGCUUUUGUCCCGUGUGGCCAAUAAGCAUCGUUGCACUGGUCUAUUCAAUUAUGUCCAGAAACAGUCUACAGCAGGGGGAUAUGGAUGGGGCAAGACGUUUGGGACGAUUGGCUCGUCUGCUUAGCUGUGUGGCCAUCAUUGUGGGCCUCCUGAGCAUCAUAAUAUACGUGGUGGUUGCAGUAACCGGAAAGGGGGCAAAGUAAAAAUGAGAACCCCCCCCCUACAGCACUACUGCAAAAAAACACAAGGAUGAUGUAAUUAAAACAAGAUCUCCCUCUUAAUAAUAACGCCACAGAAGACGAAAAAGAAACGAGGACUGUCGCAACUACAUAAGAUCUGGUUAGGUAGCGAAAAUGCAUGCAGUAGGUUAGCAUGCUCAGAGAAAAAAAAAAAUAAAUAAAUUCAAAAUCCCCAUAUGUUAAAAAGAACAGUGAUGGCUUGCAUUAUGUAAAUGAGAAAUACUGCUGUUUCGGCAAAAAAGUGACCUGUGGAUGAUGACACAAAGGACAAGGACUUCUUAUUUUCUUUUCUUUUUUCAAAGAUGGAAAACGUCUACAAACAGCGAGCUGCAUUUUAACCUUAUAUUACUCCUGGUCGAUCUUGCAUUUGAAAAUUAUGCACAGAAAUAUUUGCAAUGUAACUACUGAUGUAUGUUUUAUAAAAAAGAUUUCUAUGGGAGUCUAAGCUAAGGGAUUGAACUAGGGACGACUUAUCUUUGUCAGGUGUAGAAACGGACACCGGGGUUGGAGGUUUCAUUUUUCUCCAUUUAUUUUGUAGGUUUGAAUUACAAACAAAUGACCACGUGCAUGUCUGACCUUGUAUGUGAAUAAGUGUCAGCAUUUUCAAUGACUAUAAUUUUUUUAAUCUGUGAGAGUAGUAGUGGGAAUCUACAGAUGGGACUGUACAUCGUUGUCCGUAGUGUGUCAAAUGGUAUAUUCUGUCAAAGGCACAGUGUUCAUGGAGAGCUCAGCCUCUCAUUACACGUCCUGUACUAGUCUAGUUUUCUUCAGAGAGGUAAGACUGUAACGAUACGCAUGCCAGGCCUCUCUUUCCUAACAAAAACUGCUGGAGCAUGGACAUUCAUCUAGAGGCAUGCAGCGGCCAGCACCAUUCUGUGCCAAGACCUUUAUAUCAGUAUGCUAAACGCACCACAGGACUAUUCAUCCUUCCCCGGGUUCUUUCCAGGACAGAAUGUCAAACUCCCGGUCAUAAAUCUUCCUACUUAACCCUUAUAAAUAUGAGAUAUAUAUCAACAUAUUUAUAGAAAUAUUUAGGCAUGCUGUGGGUGGACAAAACACUUUCUAUCUUCAAGAAUAAGCUUGUGUGUAAGACCGUGUCCUAACCAGACGCAAUGUGAUAAGACUCUCGUCUUGACAGAGUUACAUGACGAAACAAAAUAUAUAAAACAAUGUCAGAGCCAAUCAGAACAGAGUGUAGGCAUGAUCGUUUGCAAGUGACGAGUUUAAACGCAUAAUACAAAAUAAUCUGAGCAUUGUUAAAAGUACAUGCUGAAUGACUGUUACCAUCUUUGUCAUGUAAUUCACUUGUUUUUUCUCACAGUUUGUAUGAUUAUUUUUACAAUUUCAAGAAAUGAGGUAAAUUAGUGAAUGAAUAUACUGUUUUUUUUUUAAAUUAUAGCUUUCAGUCAGUACUGAGAUUAUCACUUUACAUUUUAAUGCUGGGUUCAAACUAGGGCUGCACGAUAUCGUAAAAAACUGACAUUGCAAUAUUUUCUUUUACUGAGAUAUAUAUUGUGAUAUGAAUACAAUUUCAACAGAUGACUUGAAUAUCUGUUUGUGAAGAAUACAUAAUUUUAGAUCGCUUGGGAUGAUUUUAUAGGAGAGUGUAUGUGCGUAAAAUCCAAUCAGUGGAGGUUCUAGGGAGGUUCUAGUUUAAAUGGCACCCUGGGCGAAACCACCCCAAAAAUCUCCGCGGGAGAAUGGCUUUUUUUGCGCACAUGCGUCAAUUUGGUUUCACCAGCGUUGUUUCAGUUGCACAUAAAAAAUAACAAACUUGAGUUGUGAAUUGAAUUGUUAAUGGCUCCUAACGUCUUUAUUCUUGGAUAACCACUUAAUACACUUGCAUAUAGUAAAUCUUAUCUCAAAGCUUUGACUGGGGCACUUUUAUUUUGUUUUCCCCAUGCCGCCCCUAGCAAGAUGCCGCCCAUAUUGCCCAUGUCUAAAUCCACCCCUGAAUGCAAAUAAAAAAAACGACAAGUAAAUACGUAAACACAGCAAGUAUUCAAAUUAAAAAAGCAAUGACUUAUGACUUUCUGGGUAGUCGAACAGUAUUCAGCAUCAGAAAUGAAAUGAUCACUGUAUAACGUUAUAAUAACACUAUCAUUUUCAUUGAGUAAAUAUUUAUAUAAAUGUACAAAUAAUAUUUUAAGGUACAAACGUUUAAUUUAUUGUGCCCAAAUGUAUUAAAUUAGCUUGAAAUGCUUAGUCACAGGCCUCAAAAACAAUAAUUAACGUUUACUCUAAAGUUAAAAUCUGAAAUGACGCCACUGUUUUGAACUGUUAUGUCUGGUUAAUUAUAAUCACAACUUGACACUGCAGAUUCUGCAAUGUGACUAUUGCAGUCUCACAUAUUGCGAUAUUGAUGCUGAAACGAUAUAUUGUGCAGCCCUAGUCUGAUAUUUUAAUGUUUCAUAUGCUUUUAGAUAAAAAGAUUAGUUAUUAUUCAAAUGAAAAAAAAAACACUCUUUGAA